CCCCCCUUCGUCUUGAACUAUCUAUCUACUAGUGAUCCAAUCCGACAAUGGUGGCAUCAGUGCUGAAAACCCAAAGCUUCAUCAUCUUCCUCAUCCUCUUCUUCAUCACCAUCAUCUCCUCCUUCUCAAGACUCACCGUUGCCUAUGGAUAUUCCGAGCUUUUCGGUAAAUACAUAUCUCCAUCAUCACUGGGGCUCAAGCGAGAAAAGUUAUCCCACCUUCACUUCUACUUACACGACGUACUUUCGGGCAAAAACGUCACUGCGAUUCGUGUCGUAGACGGAAAACCAUCAACCAAUAGUUCCUCACAGUUUAUCUUCGGAGAUGUAUAUGUCAUCGAUGACCCUUUGACAAUUGAGCCCGACAUCAACUCCAAAACGGUGGGAAAAGCACAGGGAACAUAUACAGUUGCAUCGCAAGGUGAAUUAAGCUUGUUAAUGGUGACUAAUUUUGCUUUCACGGAAGGCAAAUACAAUGGUAGCACCCUCAGUGUUUUGGGGCGAAAUGAGGUUCUUUCCGCCGUGCGAGAGAUACCGAUUGUCGGUGGGAGCGGCGUUUUCCGAUUUGCACGUGGCUAUGCUCAGGUGAGGACUCAAUCAAUCAAUCAAGCCCGUGCUAUUGUGGAGUAUAAUGUUUUUGUAUUCCAUUAUAGAUAAUGAUCAACCUUAAUUUCUUUGCUUACAUUUAAUAAUUUAUGAUUUUGAGCUUCGUUAUAUUAAUUUACUAUGAUAAUAAAAUGUUUUAUUUAUAUA